UAUCAACUGAUAAUUGCCUUGUUUAUACCAACUACUGUUUACUAUCGUCUAGUAAAGUUUUCAUACAUAGGCCAAAGUUCCAAGUUAGCAUUCUUACUAUUUGACAAGAGCUGGAAAUGCAGCCAAUGCGAGAGCAGUAUAGACGCAGAUGACCCCGCCUAUGUGAAUCAAGUUAACCAAUUAGAGAGGCCCGUGGGUUUUUAAAUUCCAACACGUUUUCGCUGCACGCACAAAAACACGAGUGAUUUAUUUGCUUGUGUCGACGGUCGCCGCAACAAUGAACAAGUUUAAGUCGGAGGAAUAUAUUUAAUUCACCACCCAUCAUGUCGGACAUCUAGUCGCUAAAUUGACAUGGCAAAAGGGAAGAAACACGCGCAAAGAACGGACAAAAAGCUGGAAAACGUUUUUGUCGGCAAAUUCAACUCGGAAGAGACGAAAGAAAACCGUCCCCUGGCUAGCAAAGAGCCAGAUUGCACGAGAAAAGCACAUCAAAACGUUCUCCUGAGUCCACCUUGUCCGAAAAAGGCCAUAUCGCCUCUAAGCGACACUUCCAGCAUGCUCAUUCAAGACGGAAAUGACACGAACGUCAGUUGCAUAGCCAAGGCGCACAAAGACGCCUCGAUUGAAACGCAGCCUGAGCUGCGUGAACCCAAAGUCGCCAAUCAACCGCGGCAAAAGGAAGUGACGCCGCAUGCAAACGUGGCCCAGGCGGACGAGCGCAAACUUCAGACACCCAAACCUCGAAGUCGGAAUCCUCGCAAUGGGAAAAAGGCGGAGUGUAACGCUUCGCAAAACAGGAAGGUCACAGACUUCUUCCCAAUCAGGAGGAGUAACAGGAAAACUCAAGCAGAGUUGAAGAAUGAAGAGCACAAACACUUGGAUGACCUGAUCAAGAAGGGCAUCGAAGAAGGAAUGCAGGUGAGGGUGAUCGAAGGCAAAGGCCGCGGCGUGUUCGCCGAGCGACUCUUCAAGAGGGGCGACUUUGUGGUGGAGUACCACGGCGACUUGCUGGAGCUGGCCGAGGCCAAGCGGCGAGAGGCCCGCUACGCACAAGACCCCCAGAUGGGCUGCUACAUGUACUACUUUCAGUACCGGGCCAAGACCUACUGCGUGGACGCCACGCGCGAGACGAGCCGCCUGGGCCGCCUCGUCAACCACAGCAAGGCUGGCAACUGCCAGACCAAGCUGCAUGCCGUUGACGGCUCGCCUCACCUCAUCCUGGUGGCGUCCAGGGACAUCCAGGCCGACGAGGAGCUGCUGUACGACUACGGCGACCGCAGCAAGGAGGCCAUCUUGGCUCACCCUUGGCUCAAGCAUUAAAACUAACAAGUCCAACCAUCCCUCGUAAAAAAAAAAAAAAAAAAAAAAGCUGUGAAGCUUCAGUGUCCAAAGAUGCUAUGGAUGACCGACUAGUCCUGACAAUUUUUUUUAAAGGACGUACAAAAAAAUGAUUUUAAUCUAACUUGCAUUUUUUUUGUGCAAUUUUAAUCAUUCUCCUUGUACAUUUUUUCCUGCUGUAAAAUAUUUUAAUCUUGGAUCGAAUGUU